AUGGAGCGGUCUGGCUUGUUUCUGCAGGAUCUUCCACCUGAAAUCCUGAUAAACAUUUUUUCUCACUUGGAUGAAAAGGAUUUGCUCACCUUACAAGAACUUUCCGUCCAUUUCCGGAACCUAAUUCAUGAUGAAGAGCUCUGGAAGAACCUGUUUAGGUCAAGGAUUCAUACUACUCAUUUCCCUACACUUUCUCAGUCCACGAAGUUCAGUGUGGAGUAUAUUGAAAGAACCCGUGGCCUUCACCGCUGGAAGCAUAACAAGGCCGUGAGAACCAAAUACACUAUAACGCCGACAAGGAACUGGGACCAGCCCAGUAUAGAACGUAUAGUGUUUGAUUAUCCGCGAGUGGCUUCUUAUAAUGAUGGUACCAUUACGAUCCUGCAGUUACAAAACCACAAGAGACAGAAGAAGUUCAAGAAACUUAUUUAUAUUCCAUGUACGACUCCACAGGGUUGCUCUACUAUGGACUUUAAUAUUAAUGCUGCCGUAUUUGGUAGGUUCGACGGCAGAGUAUUUGGAAAAUUGUUAAGUAACAAAUCUUACUUGACGCCUGUGAUGGAAUUUAACGGAAGACACAGUGCGGGUGUUACUGCCAUUUGUAAUUCGGAAUCCUGGGACACGUCAAGAGAGGACUGGUGUGUGAGCGGUUCUGAGAAUGGGGAGAUUAUUUGGUGGUGUGAAAGCAAGCUUGUCAAGAUGUGGAAAGUCUCCAACAGGGUUAUUUGGAAGCUGGCUUUUUUCAAAGAUUGGACUUUAAUUAUGGAUGAUGAAAAACUGUAUAUUAUCUAUCAAAUGCAGGAACUGCAUAGCAUAGAUAUUCCUAGGGAUGCCGACGAACAAUCGAUAAGAGUACAAUUCUUCAAGAUGGAUUUUGGUUCCAUGAAUUUGGUCCUUGCUGAUUUGAAUGAUGUUUAUACAAUAUCGGUCAAUCCCAACGGCAAUUUUGGUAAUUUGAGGAAACUAGAAAUUCCGGAAAAGAUAUGUGCUAUCGAGAUAGAUGAAAAGACUUCGCAAAGGGAGCAAAACUGGCAGUUUGCAGGUGAUGACGGUUGCUACAUCAGUGUUUUGACAACACAGAACACACUUUACAUGAUCAAUAUAAGAGAUCUUUCCACGGCGGGUUUGAAAGUCCAAUGUAAGAUAAGAUUUGACGAACAAGUUUAUGUAACGCAGGUGACAAAUUUAAUUGUCGUGGCAGCAUUGUCAAAUGUUCUUCAAAUAUUGAAUGCGAUGACAGGUGAGUUGAUUAAGUCUGUAUUAAAGACGGACAAGUUUCCCGAAUUUUUGAAAGUAUCGCAAGAUAAAAUCAUUAUGGGAAGCAGUAACGUUUUGAAUUAUUUAAUGUUUGUUUCAGGUGAUUCAAAGAAACACCAUCAUUCCACUAAAGGUAAAAAUGCAAUAAGCAAUAAAUGGAAUGAAACUUUGAACACGGAGUUGCAAUAUUACGACGAAGAUGAGGACCUAAGAAGGAGGAGACAAUCAGAAAUAUCAAGAUUAAUCAACGCCUACGGCGGAGAUUUGGAAAUUUCAGGCGAUACCGAUGAAGAAAACGACAUUCAGUUGAGAAUCGCGCUCUUAGAAUCGCAGGAGGCACAAGUACGAAGUGAGGCGGAAUCGGGAGCGCAUGCCGAGGAUAAUGAAGAAGAACAAUUACGGCGAGCAUUGGAAGAAUCUCAACGUAUACACGAGGCACAAGUGAGCAGGUUGACUAAUCAAACUGAUACUGCCGAUGACGAAAUAGAAGAAGUUGAAGAUGACCAAGAAUUUCUCAGAGCCAUCGAACAAUCAAGACUGGAAGAUGACAGGAGGAGGCAACUCAGAAACAAUAAUACAGGUCGACGAAAUGGACCUCUGUGCGAUGAAACUUUCGCUACAGAUAGUGCCGAUUCUUCUGAGCAAGUCUCAACUGAGAACACCAUUGGUAGUGAUGCUGGUGUCAAUGCCGGUAAUAAUGUUGACGAUGACCUGCAAUUGGCAAUUGCGUUGUCUUUGAGUGAAAUCGACUGA